AGCAUCUUGGAGCCUUCCUACCACCCCAUCAACAUUCCCACUCCACAUCGUACGAAAUUUGGGAGCAUAUGGUUCCAUUUGAUUGCAUCGCUGUUUUCUGGCUUCAAUCUACUCACUAUUGCUGCGCCAACCUCGUCAAGCUGCUUGUCUCUAUUCAGCUGGUUUGACUAGGAGAGUAACAGCCUUUGAACACUUUUAUGGCAUCUGAUGGCAGAGAAUGGCGAAAAUUCGGGGACGACUUAUGGAUCAAAUAUGCUUUCAGAAAAGAUUCAUAUAGCAUCUGGCUGACUGACCUUUGCCAGCUCUAUAUUGAAGAGCUUGACAGCAGCGAUCUUCGCUGGCGCGCGUCAAAGGAUAAGCUACCCAUCGAUGUCGACGAAGCGCAAGCCCUUGCAAUUUUUUUGAAGAACCUCUCCAAUGCUAUUGAAAGAAGCAGUUUUAAGCCGCCGGAUACCAUUAAGAGGUCUCGUUUCAUGGACAUUGUUGCCAUUGUGUCGCUGCCCCACCCAUUACCGGAGAUCGAGUGGACCUUCAAGCUUGAGCAACAACCAGAUGACCGGUUUCGAGAUAGUGUCUCCAAGCCCUUGCUUGAUGACAUUUACAAAUUUCAGCAACGAGAGAAUGACCUCAUUCAUCGACUUCACGAGAAAGACCAUGCAAUCGAAAAGCUGUUGGAUACUCUUGACAAGUACAAUAUCGACCUUGCUGAUGUUUUUCCAUCAUUGGCUUCCCAUAGUGCAAUCCGCCAAAAUAAGAGUAGACAUGUUGCCGAAACACAUAUACCAGCACUUCAACCGUUUGAUGAACAGUCAUGGCUUGAAAACAUAAGGAAGAAACUAUGCGUUGAUAAAUCCGGGCCUGCUGAGAGCCGACCAGAACCAGAAUUUGAGAAGCUGCAGGAGCUGGGCAACCAGCAAAGGCACAGCGGCAGAGGUCAAGCUGCAAGAUCGCCUGUCCUGAAUAUUGGAAAGAAUACGGGUAUCAACCGCACUUUGGCUGAUCGUAAAUUCCAGGAGACGAUUACGAAGUCCAACGCAGAAGCUACUGGUGAGCUAUCGAUUGCUGAUAUGACAAGUGCGCCACAAAACCGGAAGGGUAUCAAGCGUUCGUUGGGAAGUAGCACGGUUGCACCAAAAGCUGAGCCAGCAACGGCUGAAGGCGCUACAAAUGAAAAAACAUGCCGUAAGGUGGACGAGACCUGCAAAGAUACAACAAAGAUCUUGGACGAUGUCGUAACUCAAAGAACUGGUCAUAAUUCUGUUAUAUUGCACGAAGAGCUCGACCAAAGUAACUCCGCCAUCCAACCUGUUAACCAGCAAUCAAAAGGUGGAAGAAAAGAUGCUCGAAAUGAAGAUGAGAUUGCCAAGCAAAAACGAGAAGCUCUGAAGAAACGAUUUGAUGUUGCGGCAGCGCAUAAGUCAAAAAAACGCAAAUUCUGAACGACAGGAGUCUCAAAUUUGCGAUGAAGGCACAGCAAAGAGCGUCAAUGUUACCUACUCCCCAAAAUCGCGUAUAUUCGAGCAAAUGAUAAAACCUGGACCAAAAGUUUAGCAUCAUAACCAGUUGACGGCCGGGGUGUCUGGGAGCGCUCAUUGACAAGCCGUCUGCUCCUUCGUCGAAUUGAG